AUGGGAUUAAGUCACUCUUCAACUUAUCAUUCUUCUCAUAUAAGGGAUGUGGCGGAAUCUGGUCCGGUUAUUGUAGAACCACAUUCAGAAAUAUACCCGCGAUUGCCAAUUGAAGAUUUCAUUGGCUGUGACAAUGAAACAUACAGCCCACAAUUCGAAUUGUUGGUUCAAAGUUAUCAAGCGAUGUAUGAUCGUCACCACACCGAUAUGCGAUCAUAUUACCAAGUGGCUGGAAUCCAUUCACUACCUUGGACACCUUAUGAUGGAGUUACUGGUG